UUCGGAGUAAAUAUAGGAAGUUUCAGCUCACCUUUUUCCCUCAACUUCACAAUAUAAAUUAAAAGACAGCCUUUCACAUCUCAAAGUCAAAUUAUGUCUACUCAGCCAUAUUAUUGUAACAUAUAUAUAUAUAUAAUAUUUUGUUUGAUACACAAAAUGCAUGUGUAAUUUAGGAUGUCAAAAUGGUUCAUGAGUUAGUUUGCUGGUCGAUCCAUAUUUUUUUUUAUUUGGAUUGAGAAAUUUUGAACCCGAAAAAAAAUGAGUCGAACAAGCUAAUUUGCCACGAGUUCGACUCAUGAAGAGUCAGUUCGGCGAACAUACAAGCUGGCUCACUGGUUCGCAAACUCGAACGAUGUGGUCUGAGUCUUGAAUUUAUCGAUCUAAAUAAGAACGAAUUUAAAGAUUGGACUAAAAAUAAGUUGGUUCGGAACGAAUUGGUCCGAUCUGGUCCGAGUUAGUUGGUUUGACAUCCGCAGUAUAGUUUGUUUAACUCUGUUAAUUGGUUGAUAGUUAUAUAAAAGAAGAUUCGAACAUUUUCAAAAUAAAUGUUGUAAGAUGAAAAAGAAUGGUAAAAUUACUGGCAUAAUCUUUUAUACAUUUCAAACAUAAAAGGGUGACAGAUAGUAUUGAACAAAACUCUUUGGACUUUUCGGUGUUGCCUUUUUUUUAUUUCUCCAUAAUCAAAGGUUAAUUUUUUUCCCCUUUUCUAUUCAUAAUUUACACAUUAUAUUUAAUCAAUUUAAACAUUCCUAAUUGCAUUUACUGUAUCGCCUUGCCACUGUUAUUUAUUCACAUUACAAUGCUCCUCACUUCUCUUUUCUUCUUCAAGAACCCUAAACUUUUUCUUCUUCGUCUGGUUUUCGCUCAAGAAAGAGAAGAUUUAUCCAUGGGAUCAAUCAAAGAAAGUCCAUUUCUUCAUACCCAGAUGAAUCUGGUUCGAGCCCUGGAUGGAGGGAAAACGGAGAAAUGGAUGGAGAAACUGCUGAGCACGGAGUUCUUCGGGGACUGUGGAGAACAUCGGUGUCUUAGGAAGAACGUGUUUUGCAUAGACUGUCGUGUCGGAACCUGCAGACAUUGCGCCGAUUCUCACCUUCUUCAUCGCCGUCUUCAGAUCUGCAAAUACGUUUACCAAUACGUUCUUCGUCUUCUCGACUUUCAACCUCACUUCGAUUGCUCCCAAAUUCAGGCAUACAAAAUAAACGGGGAAAAAGGCAAUACAUUUGAAUCCGAGGCCACAAGCAAAAGAUGCGAAGCCCUCGACCAAAUCCAAGAACGGAGCUUCAUGCGAGACAUGUCGAAGAUACAUUCAAGACAUUCCUAAUCGAUUCUGUUCCAUCUCCUGCAAGGUUACAUAUUAGGGGUGGGCAUUCGGUUCGGGUAUUUCGGUUAUUAACCGAACCGACCGAUAUAUAC